GUAACCAAUGGGAGCGUUUGGCGCGCUCCCGUCACAGGGCGGAGAAAAAGUGUUUUCCCGCGAAAAUCUCUCUCCUUCUCCUUCUCCUGUUUGCUCGGAUCCGAAGGAAGAUCGGCUUAAGUGGAAAAUAGACAUUCCAAAGGAAAGAUAAAAGAGUGAGACACUAUGUCUGGCUUUGACGAUCCUGGCAUUUUCUACAGUGAUAGCUUUGGUGACACAGGGGGAGAUGAGGGCCAUAUCCGGAAGUCCCAGUUGCAGAAGCGUUUCAAAGAGUUCUUGAGACAGUAUCGGGUUGGAACAGACCGCACUGGCUUCAAUUUCAAAUACAGAGAUGAACUUAAACGGCAUUACAAUCUGGGCCAGUACUGGAUUGAAGUGGAGAUGGAAGACUUGGCAAGCUUUGAUGAAGACCUAGCAGACUAUCUGUACAAGCAGCCUGCAGAACACCUCCAGUUGCUAGAAGAAGCAGCAAAGGAGGUAGCGGAUGAAGUAACACGUCCUCGUCCAGUGGGAGAAGAGGAUCUCCAAGAGAUUCAGGUUAUGCUGAGAUCUGAUGCCAAUCCAUCCAAUAUCCGCAGCCUCAAGUCUGAGCAGAUGUCGCACCUGGUAAAGAUUCCAGGAAUCAUCAUUGCUGCAACUGCUGUAAGAGCCAAAGCAACCAGGAUCACCAUCCAGUGCCGCACGUGCAGAAAUGUCAUCCCCAACAUUGCCUUGCGUCCUGGUCUGGAAGGAUAUGCCCUCCCUCGGAAGUGCACCACGGAACAGAAUGUUCUUGCAAAAUGUCCUUUGGACCCAUACUUUAUUGUUCCAGACAAGUGCAAGUGUGUGGAUUUCCAGACACUGAAACUCCAAGAGUCACCUGAUGCUGUUCCUCAUGGGGAGAUGCCCCGGCACAUGCAGCUAUAUUGUGAUAGGUAUUUAUGUGACAAGGUUGUCCCUGGGAACAGAGUUACUAUCAUGGGCAUCUACUCCAUCAAGAAGGCAGGUGUCACUAAGAACAAGGGACGAGACAAUGUUGGAGUUGGUAUCCGAAGCUCUUACAUCCGUGUGGUAGGAAUCCAAGUAGACACAGAAGGCUCAGGACGUAGCAUCAGUGGCUCUGUGACUCCUCAGGAGGAAGAGGAAUUUCGGCGUCUUGCUUCCAUGCCCAAUAUUUAUGAGACUAUUGCCAAAAGCAUUGCUCCCUCCAUCUAUGGCAGUACCGAUAUUAAGAAGGCUAUUGCGUGUAUGCUGUUUGGAGGCUCUCGAAAAAGGCUUCCUGAUGGCUUGACCCGCAGAGGGGAUAUUAACCUGCUCAUGUUGGGUGAUCCUGGAACAGCCAAGUCCCAGCUACUAAAGUUUGUAGAGCGAUGCUCGCCUAUUGGGGUGUACACCUCUGGGAAAGGUAGCAGCGCAGCUGGUUUGACUGCUUCUGUCAUCCGGGACCCAACUUCACGAAGCUUCUUCAUGGAAGGAGGAGCCAUGGUUCUGGCCGAUGGAGGAGUGGUUUGCAUAGAUGAGUUUGACAAGAUGCGUGAGGAUGACAGGGUGGCUAUCCAUGAAGCAAUGGAACAGCAGACCAUCUCUAUUGCUAAGGCUGGCAUCACAACCACUCUGAAUUCACGCUGUUCUGUGUUGGCGGCUGCCAACUCUGUCUUUGGGCGCUGGGAUGAUACUAAAGGCGAGGAGAACAUAGACUUCAUGCCCACCAUUUUGUCCAGAUUUGACAUGAUCUUCAUUGUCAAGGAUGAACACAAUGAGGAAAGAGACAUGACCCUGGCCAAGCAUGUGAUGUCCUUGCAUGUGAGUGCCCUGACACAGACCCAGGCUGUUGAGGGUGAGAUUGAGCUCAACAAACUGAAGAAGAUGAUUGCCUAUUGCCGCACGAAGUGUGGCCCUCGUCUCUCUGCAGAAGCUGCAGAGAAGCUGAAGAACCGCUACAUCCUCAUGCGCAGUGGCGCCCGACAACACGAGAAGGAAAGCGAGCAUCGAUCCAGCAUUCCCAUUACUGUCAGACAGCUGGAGGCCAUUGUGAGGAUUGCUGAAUCCAUCAGUAAGAUGAAGCUCCAGCCUUUUGCAACUGAAGCAGAUGUGGAGGAAGCUCUGCGCCUCUUCCAGGUCUCAACGCUGGAUGCUGCCAUGUCAGGCAACCUGUCAGGAGUGGAAGGGUUCACCACUCAAGAGGACCAGGAGAUGUUGUCUCGUAUUGAAAAACAGCUCAAGCGUCGCUUUGCCAUUGGCUCCCAAGUAUCGGAACAUAGUAUCAUCCAGGAUUUUGUGAAGCAAAAAUAUCCUGAGCACGCCAUCUACAGAGUGCUGCAGCUCAUGAUGCGCCGGGGAGAGAUACAACAUCGUUUGCAACGCAGGGUCCUAUACCGCAUCAAGUAACCGGCCCAUCUUUUUCCUGUGAACUUAAAGAAGAUUGGUUUUCCCUGCCAUUGGCACUGAAGUUCCAGGAAUUCUCUUGGGCUGCUUGCCUUCUUUGCCAUGCAUAAUUUCUAUAGCAAACAGAGGGUGAAGAAUAUGGGACACUUGCAUCCUGAAUUAAAGGAGUUCUUCCUGGGAAAGUGUUCAACAGGGAUCUUAGAUCAGAAUAGAUUUUGUUGUUGUUUGUUCCAGCUUCCCCAUUAAAAUGUCGCCUUGAUCUUUUGCUAGAAUAUUAAAAGCUUUUUAACUGCAUUAAAACUUAACUAAGUUA